UUCUCCUGCUCAUCUCCUCCCCUCCCCUCAACUCUCAGCACUCCAUGGAUCCCAGGAAGUGGUUUCCUUUAUCUGAUUAAACAGAUUGUGCUUGGCCCCCAUAUGAGCUCCAACCAUCUGUACGUCUAGUUUAUCAUGACACCUGUGUUAAGAGAUGACAUCCAUUGGCAUAUGGACAGGAUUCUCCAGCAAGCCUGAAUGAAAUGUGGCCAAUCAGACGUCGGUCAUUGAUCACAGCACACCCAGGGAUACUCGAUUCACAGUCAAGUGGGAAGCAGCCGUUAUGAAUAAUCAAGAGAUUGUUACUGUGCUACAGGAGUGCAAGCAAAUGCUUGAUGCUUUUGCUUUAGAGGUGUCAGAGCCAUCUGAAGAGGAGAAGAAUGACUACCAACGGUGUGAAGCUUCUUUCCCGGACGAUCUUAAGACCUUGAUUCAGGAGGCAAAGGAAAUGAAGUGGCCCUUUGUGCCAGAGAGAUGGCAAUACAAACAGGCUGUAAGGCCCGAAGACAAAACAAACCUGCAAGAUAUGAUCAAUGCAAGGCUACAUGACUUACUGGUUUUUUUGAAGGCUUCCAUUGCAGUGGCUGAGAGCAUUACAGCUGCAGCCAUUGUGUUCCUGAUCGACCGAUUCCUGUAUUGGGCAGAUGCUUCCAUCAGACUUCUGCAGGUUGCCAAGGCUUUGCACAAGGUCUGGCCCGCCACACCAAUAGCGCCGCAGGUUGUAAUACGUCAAGCUCGCAUAUCUGCAAAUUCAGGAAAGUUGCUAAAAGCAGAAUAUAUCUUAAGCAGUCUGAUAAACAGCGACGGAGCUACAGGUUCUUGGCAAUAUACAAAUCAAAAUGAUAAAGUUCUUGUUCAGUCUGUGUGCAUUCAGAUCCGAGGGCAAAUCUUGCAGAAAUUAGGCAUGUGGUAUGAAGCAGCUGAGUUGAUCUGGGCCUCCAUUGUUGGCUUCUCUGAGCUGCCUAUCCCAGACAAAAAGGGAAUUUCCACCUCCUUGGGUAUUUUAGCAGACAUCUUUAUUUCAAUGAGUAAGGAAGAUUACCAAAGGUUCAAAAUGAGUAGUCACGUUUGCUUGAGUUCGCUAGAAGAAUUUGAUCACCAGUUACUCUCGGCUGCAGAAUCAUGCAAGCUAGCUGCUACCUUUAGUCUGUACACUCCUCUCUUUGUGCUCAUCAAUCUGAACAUUCGGGGCACCUGUCUUUUAUCUUACAGUCUCUCAAAGGAUUGUCCAAUGGAGCUUAAACCACAGUAUCUCACAGAGGCAAAAGAGGCUUUUGAGAUUGGUCUACUCACAAAGAAAGAAGGAGACAAAGUUACAAGCAAACAAGAGCUGCAUUGCUUUGUGAAAUCAGCAUUUUGCCUUGCAAAUGUGCACAAGUGGCUUCACAAUGAGAAUGUUAGAUAUGAACAUGCAAGUCAACUAUGUAGAGAGGCAGUAGAAAAACUGGCAAAUUACAGUCGAUUGUCUGAAAAACAAGACAAAGGGAAUCUUGCUGGUGAUAUAAUGUAUUUAGUUUUUUCUGUUAGGGAGUUACUAAAUGUACAGACAUUUCCAAAAUUUGAUGAAAACUGUUAUGUGCCCCAGAAAUACUGGGAAUGUAUGACAAAACCAGUAGUUAAUGGAAAGGUAGGUUUUAAAAGGGUUCUGGACAUGUAUUCUCGUCAUCAUAACUCUGUGUGUCAAGUGUUGGAGAGUACAUGCACAAACCACAAGGCCAUGGAACCUAAAGUAAAAUCAGGAGCUUGCAUUACUGUCUUAAAAACGCUUGACACUUUAAGUACAGCUGACAACAUCUCUGAAGACAAUGACUCUUUGCAGUCAGGUUCAUUGCAAAGGAGGAAUAGACUCAUCCGUUCCAAUGCAGUCAGCUUUAAUUCUGAUGAAGGCAAAAGAAGAACAAAUUUAUUUUGUGUGAGCCAUAGUUCUAGCUCUUCAAACUCUUGGUGCAACCUGUCAAACACAUCUUCCAGCUGGGAAUCAGUCAGUAAUGACAAUGAAAACAAACUGUCUAAUGAUUGUAAUCCAAGCAAAGAAAACAUGGACCAUGAUUUUGCUGUAGCUGAACCACCUAUGCCAGGGGAAUCCCAAGAAAACAAUGACUUUGCAAAUAGAAGUUUUCAGAAUCUCUCUAUUGAAGAGAAGCAGGAGGCCCUACCCCAGAAUAUUCCGAUUUCCACCUCUAUUAAUAAUCAAAUUGAUAAAAUGUGUUCUGCUACAGAAACUAGUUUAAAUUCCGGAUGUCAGACAGAAUGUCUGUCUCUUGGCCAUGAAGCUUCUAGUCGUUUUGUGGCCAAUGGCAAUGAUCAGUCUGCUGGCAGUGAACCCUUUGAAAUGAUUGACUACUUAGCCGAAACUGAAUCUGCAACUCAUGACGUCAGCAGUAUAGGUGAUGCUGCUAAAGAAGAGCAGGUAUUUAAAAAUAUAGUAGGUAGAAAAUUGUCAGAUACAACAGUAGACCCUGAGGGUGAAACCAAAGAUGACACAGAGGAUAGGGCUAUUGUUAUUCCUGAGUCGACAUUUAAUUUAUCUCCACGUUCAUCUAAUCUUGGAAAUAUCUUUAGAUCUAAGCACUCUGGCUCAUCCUCUGAAGGAAGAUCUUUUGAUACAGACCAAGCAACAGAUACCAAGGAUGAGAAGAAAACACAUGUUCUUCAACAACAAAUUUCUACAGAUAGCUCAUCUUCAAAAAGAUCUCUCCUUCUACAGAAGAGUAAAAGCAGUGCAAAGUCAACAGAUUCUCCCAUAAGCCUUGACUAUGCAUGUGAGUCCACAGAAGAAGGGGAAAAUAACAGUCUAAACAGCAGCCAUGGAUCCAACUCUUGGAAAACAUCACAAUUUUCAAGACAUUCAUCUGAGUCAAUGUCUUGGCUUAAUUCUAGUUCAAGUUCUUAUGUUUUUCUACAUGCCAAGCAUACAGAGCAAGCAUGCCUAUUAGAUGAUACAGAGUAUGAGAAAUUCCUUGCAGGUGUAGAACAUGACUGGCUCAUGGAAAGACUGGAGGACACUGGGGUAUUCAGCUUUACUCAUCUCAACCAAGCAUAUGAUGCCUUGCUCCUUAAAUUCUCAAAGAAAUCUGGGCUGUGGACAGCUCAGGAAACAGUGGUGCACUGUGGGGACAACGUGGCAGUGACCAAACCAGGCAAACAGAGAAAUGCUUUUUGGAUACACUUUCUGCACCAAGAUGAGACUUUAGCACGAUAUGUUGGGAAAGAGUACAAAAAACCAAAAGAACUUCUAUACCACUUCAGUGAUGUUGAGCGACAAAUGACUGCUCAGUACUACGUGACAGAAUUUAACAAAAGGCUGUAUGAGUUAAACAUUCUAACCCAAAUAUUUUAUAUACCUUCCUUUAUACUUCUGAUACUGGAAGACAAGUGCAUUAAAGGAUGUGUGAGCGUGGAGCCGUACAUUCUUGGGGAGUUUGUAAAAUUAUCUAAUAAUGCACAAGCUGUUAAAACGCAGUAUGAGGCGACAAAGUAUGGCUUAGCAUUUGGACAUUUCACCUAUGAGUUUUCAGAUCACUCAGACAUUGUUGUUGAUUUGCAAGGUUGGGUGACAGAGAGCAAGAAAGGCGAAGCACUAAUUUAUCUCACAGAUCCUCAGAUCCAUUCAGUUCAAAAUAAUUCUUUGGAAAGCAGUUCUAAGGGAGUAUCCACCUGCAUAAACUUUGGAAAGAAAGGGAUAGACUACUUCUUUAGUUGUCAGCAUACAGAGUGCAAUGAAAUAUGCGCCAGUCUCUCGCUAACAAGGCCAGAUCUGACAGAGCUGAAGAAAUCACUGAAAUGAUCUCCUUACAAGAAGUGACGCUGGGAAAUAGUUGGAGUGGAAGUUUUCAUCUGUAAUAUUGUUGUUUGCUUUUCAACAUUACUUUGCUGUGAGGAUGGUGCUGGGUGUUUGUACUCAUUUUACUGUUUAUUUAUCCAUUGCAUUUAUACCUUUAGUACUCAAACUAUAUAUGAGUGCCAUACCAUAAAUCUUAAAGGUUGUCUGAGUACCUUUGGCCAUAAAGUGUGUAUUUAAAACUUUGUUAAUGUCAAGAGGGCGCUGAAACCCCCAAAAUAUCACCUUAGCAUUCAGUUUAAAGACUAAAGAUCCCCUGGGGCUCAAGGCUGCCACAGAGCAAAGCAGUGUAGAACAUGAACUGGACUGUGUGAGAGUGCCUAUUUAAUCUGUCACAUAAAGGGGAUAAUUCUGAUGCACAUCCCUAUCAUUGUCUUAAGAAGAUACAUGGUUUCUAAAAUUAGAUUAAAAUUAAAAGCUUUAUAGCUGUGUUUCAAAUGACAUAUCUGUGAUCCUUUGAAUUCAGUAAUUAAUAGGAUAAAAUAGUAGUUAUAUAUUCUUUUGUUUACAGAAACAUUUUGUUAUAAGUGAUAUAAAUAUAUUUUUAUGUAUGAUUCAUGCAAAACUUCAUUUGGUUGUUAAGCACCUUGAGAUUAUUGACAAAUAUUCUUUAUAUAUGGAUAUACAUUUUAUAUUUUGUAACAUGUUAAAGUAAAUGUUUCUAUUGUUA